AUGGAUAUCAAUUCUCUUACACAGUGUAGUGCACUGAACUUGUCUGAUGAGAAACGCUGCUUGGAGACGGCUACAUCGGUAAAUGGACUCUUUUGCAGCUUCCACUCCAAACAAUGUCAAGGUCUCUAUCGUGGAUACAAACUUCGCACAGCUCGACUUGAGCGUCUGGACAGAGCGGUUCCCCUGUACUUUGCAAAUACGAAAACUUCCCUCGGAAAUGAAACCUUCAAGGAUGUAACAACGGAGGCAGAAUGUAAGGAACUACAUGAUUGGUUAUGGACCAAGUAUCAAUUACUGGAAAGGGUAAUACGGGCGAGAAGGUUGCAUCAUAGUCGAUUCUUCAGUCAGAAUAUGGACUAUGGGCAUGCAAAAUUCCUGGAUCAACUCACACAUCAGAAAGCUUAUGUUACCAAGGCUUUGGAGAGACUUGAGAGAAGAACUGCUGAGAUCUUGUAUAGAAACCAACAAUGGUUCAAAUGGGUACGAGAAUGCCAGGACAAUGAAGAAGCACAUCGGGAAAAGGAACAAAAGAAGAUAAAACAAGAAGCACAACUAUGGCAGAGAAAUUGGCAACAAGCAAAACAGAUAAUGGAGGAGAAAAUGAGACGAGAAGAGAAGAAGAAGCAAGAUACUUUCCUGGAGAAAAUAUACAAGGAGAAGAUGAAGGAGGUAGAGGAGAAUGAGGGUACGGAGGAUGAUAUGGAUUGGGAUCCUAUUGAAGAUGAACUGGAGGAUGGAAGAGGAAAUUUCAUUGACCUCAUGCGGCAUUUCUUGUGGGUGUCCGCAGAAGAACAGCCAAAGACGGAAGGACCUCCUUCAAGUGAAACCGACAAGAAUGGUUUGGCCGAGAAUAGUGUAGCGUCUCAAGAACCAACUCCCAACACAACUAAUGUCGCAGAAGUUAUAUCCCAACUUGAGUCCUCUACUCUAUCCAAAAAGUCAAAGAAGAAGAAGAAGGAGAAUGCAGCAGCUACAACCGCCGCUUCCUCUCAGGCCGCCAGUGGCAGCAAACCGGUACCUAAACCACAAGUGCUCCCUGAUAAAUCUCUCAUCGAAAGUCGAGAGGACAUGCAUAAUAGGCUGGCCCGAGGAAUCAAAAUCGACUUUGAUAAUGUUAACGGGAUAAUGGUGGCUGGCACAAUAGAGAAUCCUUAUCUUCAAAAAACAACCCGAACCUUCACAGAAUUCGAAAUUCAACGACUGCUUCUCGAAGUGUCUGAGAUCAAGCACUUAUUAUUUUGCCGAUUGUUACUUGGACACGCCGCAUUACUCCCAGCAGCUCUUCGCGCUGAUAGUAUCGAGGCAUUCUUUGAAGACGAAGAAGUGACCGGUACCGCUCUGAGAAAUGUUUGUCUCAAAAUGGAGAAGCCCAGUCUUCAAGAAAUCCGUGAUGCAUGCGCAGAUUUCUUUCGCUCCGGAGAUGAAGAAAAAGAAGAGCAGGAUGAACCAGAGGCUCAAGAUGAUGACACUGAUGAUCACGAAAGCCAUGAAGCCAAACUUGCUGACCCUUAUGACGUGAAGAUGAGAUUAGGCUGUAAAAAGCGUGGGGAAUUACCUGGAACAUGGCGUUCAAAACGAGAAAUCUCCCGAGAAGCGGCAGCUGAGAAUAUGCUUGAUAUGGCUCCCGGAAUGGCUCCAUCUAUGAAAAACAUUCUUGGGGAAGGGGGUGCCAUUGACUUUGGUGAUUCUACGAAUUCUCGACAAAUACGCAAGAAGAUUCGCGUAAAGAUUUGUGGUAGAACGAUAUGGAAUUAUCCCAGUGAUGAAGCAAUGAGUCGUGGAGGAUGGUUACACUUCUCCAUCAUUGCGAAAGAUAGUAAUCUUAAUACUGCAAUCGAGCUUUGUCGAAACUGGGAAGAGUUCUUUGAGCUGAACAUCUUGGCCUGUUGGGGGUACUUUCCUGCGUCAAAUUGGGCUUCAUGGGUUGGAAAUAGAUUGAAGCAGCAGUCCCUACAGCUAGGCUUCAUCAUGUACUACGAAAGUUCAGAUCCAGAUGCCAAGGAUCUCAGUGUAAGUUUUUCACAAGGAGGUCGCAGCAAACAAACCCGACGUCAGCAUGCUAUAUUUCAAGCAAGAAACGUGAUUUGUGCCCAUAUCAAACGAGACGAUCAAGCAAGUCGCCGAUUCAUUCAAUAUUUAUCCAUGCAAAGCCAUCAAUUAGUGUUGCUUGUCAGGGAUGCUGAGAGUGGUAAAUUAUUGGUGAAGCCUCCUGAAGAAGAACGAUGGCUAUGGCGAGAGAAAAGCGGUCUUGGACGAGCUGUCAAAAACGUGUGGAACGUUUUGAAGAGAAUUGGACCUGAAUUUUUCGAGGAAAUGGAUCGUCAUCGCCAGUGGAACUUUUCGUUCAAAGAUUAUUAUGAUAUUUAUGUUUGGGAUCUCGAGCCUGGAGAGACCUUGCCCGGAUUGUUUAACACUGUUCAGCAUAUGCUUAUCAAAGCACUCCGGUGUGGCAAUGGUAAAGACUUGUACCAACCAGCGGCUUCUAUUUUAAAAACGCUGUAUCGAGAUAAAGACAGCCAUUAUAGAGAUGUCAGACCAGGUGACACGGUACAACUCAUAAGCCAAUGGGACUUUCUUCAAGAUCAAAAAUCAACAUUCUUUUAUGGUGAAAUUGAUGGACCGAAACCGACUGAACCGAUAGACUCAUGGCCGAGUAAUCUCUUUUAUAACGAAGCAGAUACUCUGGAAGAUGAGGUAUUAUUUCCUGAGGAGCGAGCCGAAGAGGCAUCGAGCGCCCUGGUUGCCGUUGGUAAAAAGGACUCACUGAGAGCGUUUGAGGAAGAGGACUUUUCCAUCAAAAGAUUUGUAGAAGGAACCUGGAAUUGGGAAUCAGAAGAUUCCGAAGACUCGGACGACGCUGGAGAUUCAGAAGAUGAGUCUCAGGGCUCGCAUGAAAAGGCGUUCGAGGAUGGUGAUAACGAUGGUUCUGUCGAGGAUGAUGGCGAUGACGGUGAUGAUGAUGACGACAACGAGGAGGACUACUCAAAAGAUAUUCCAGAGGAGCUUUGGGCCGUUGUAAAAAGACUUGCACUCGAGAAGGCUCGUAAAGAUGACGAUCCUAAUGAUGACUUGGAAGGAGAGUUUAUGAGAUUCAUCGAGAAAACAACAUCUAGAGCUUUCAAAAAAGCUUGGCAUCAAGCGGAUUUUACCCCCAAUGGACAAGAGCGGUAUUUGGAAAUGAAGAAGAUGGCCCAUAAAUCCUGGAGGUAUAAUCUUACCGGUAGAGACUUCUUCAAAUCCUCUUCAACAAUGCUCAAUUUCCAGGUGAUGAGUUGGAUGAAUGUCACAGCCGAUGGCGUGAAAGAUGCACAGAAAGCUGUUGGUAAGGUAUACCCGUUCUUCAAUCCAGAAUUUCUCGAUGCAGAAGAGGGAAAGGAAUUCAAAGACUCUUUAAUGUUCAAUCAAGAGGAGCGAGCCAAGCAUUACCCAGAUACUAGAACCGACAAAUCUACGAUUCACCACACCAAAGAAUUUUACGCCAAACUCGACAAGUCCUGUAGGGAAAUGAAGUUUAUUGAUAAUUACACAUCAUUUCCCUCGGAAUGGGAUAUGAAAAUCCGACCUAUUAUUGCAAAACUUUACAAGUCUGGCAUCAUUCGCAGCCAUGCCUUACCAGAAGCCCGUUGUCGGGCAUUCCAGGGUACUGAAGCCACUCGUCCUUCCAAACCCGAUCUCUUCGUCGAUAUGCGUAGUAUCAUUUCUUCUCUCGAAAUGCCCUAUUGGGUUGAGGAUCCCUCCAAACUCCCACCCCUCCUAACCACUGCCAGACAAUUCUCAACUUCACACCCUAACGCCAAAUUUGCUAUACUUCGCUUAUGGAGUGCUCCCUAUUUCUAUCCUCUAACAGUUGGUCACGAUAAACGUGAUGGGUUUACCUUUUACGAUCUCACCGGGCGCGUGUUCACUUGGUUGUUUGUUCCCAAAGACAUGCCAAAUUCGGAGCUUAGUAUGCACGUGGCUUGCAAGAAUCGGAUAGCGCCUUUCAAGAAACAGUUUGGGGAUAAGGUGGUGGCGAAAAGAGAUAAAUAUUUGGUCAUGGGGACGGAUGAGAAAGAGUUGGAAAAGAUUGUGGCGGGAGUUACUUAUGCGGUGCAAAUGAGAUCGUGGAGACAGGAAAUAGAUUUGUGGAGGAGUUUUAUUAAUGUGGAUUUGGGAUUUUUGGAGAGGUUGGAUGAGAAGUGGUGGGAGUGA